CAAACUGUAAACCCACCACAGCCUCUCUGAGCCUCCACACAUGUGCCUGUGUGUUGGAGGGAAACUGAUCCUGCGUGACUGCAGCAGCGAGUCCGCGUCGCUUCAUCACCGCCCGCCAGAGCCAAGUGUCUCCGAGCCACUGACCGCCGGGGGACGCUGGGGUAUAAAAGAAGCACAACAACUCUCCGGCCAACAGUUUGAGAGCUAACGAGAAUAACGCAGGGGCCAAACAGCUAACCUGAAAUGGCGACGGCAAUAUACUUGGAACAUUACCUUGACAGUAUUGAAAACCUACCAUGUGAGCUGCAGAGAAAUUUCACUUUGAUGCGGGACCUGGACAACAGGACUGAAGAAAAGAAAAGUGAGAUUGACAAACUGGCUGAAGAGUACAUAGCGAAGGUGAAGAACCUGGCCUCAGAGCAGAGAGUGGAACACCUGCAGAAGAUCCAGAAUGCCUACAGCAAGUGCAAAGAGUUCAGUGAUGAUAAAGUCCAGCUUGCAAUGCAGACAUAUGAAAUGGUGGACAAACAUAUCCGCCGACUGGAUGCAGAUCUGGCGCGGUUUGAGAAUGAGCUAAAGGAGAAACUGGAAGUGAGCGGAUACGAAAGUACAGAUGGAAGAGCACUGAAAAAGGGUGAAUCCCGUGGACUGAGAGAGAAGCGAACAUCCAGAGGAAGAGGAAGGAAAGGUUCUGAUGAAGAUUCUCCCAAAAAGAAAAAGCUAAAAAACAGCCCAGACCUGAGUGACGCCCUCCUGCCCAUGCAACCAUCAGACGUUUUGGACAUGCCAGUCGAUCCCAAUGAGCCCACGUACUGCCUGUGCCACCAGGUGUCAUAUGGAGAGAUGAUUGGAUGCGAUAACCCAGAUUGUCCUAUUGAGUGGUUCCACUUUGCUUGUGUUGAUCUCGCCUCAAAACCCAAAGGAAAAUGGUUUUGUCCGAGGUGCACCCAAGACAAGAAGAAGAAAUGAGAAUCCUUACUUUCAAAAAUACUCAGCUAAUAAUGUAUGUAUUUUUGGUGUAGUUUAUAGUGUAAUA